AUGAGCCAACCUCUCAGGGAUCUCUGGAAGAACAAGCAAGACCUUCCACAAGAUCAAGAACCCAUCGGACUACCUUUCCACCAGAGUAUCGAAGACCUCGAAGCCGCCGCAGUCGAUUGCGCAAUCUGCAAAACCGUACAGCGCGAUGUCGCACAAUUUCGACCUGAACAUAGUGAGGCGAAGAAGGAACCCGGUAUUCGUGAAGAGCGUAGUGGGGGACCAGAUUGGAAGAUGUGUCUCGUUAGGGGCGUGAAUGACACUGGGGGUUUCAUGGUGGUAUCUGUCGAUACAGAGCGCUGGUACCAGAUCUGGGUUGUUGCUGCGGUGGGGUUGUGUGCUGAUUACGUCGAUCCGUUGGCCGCUGUCGUUCGAGGUCGAAAGACACUCUCCUCAUCUCCGCAUACACUUGCACAUGCCCUGAACUGGGUACGUAAUUGCGAUAAACAACGAACGGAUCGGCGCUGUCAUGUCGAUGCGGCACCGCUUCCAGCUCGAGUCUUGGAUAUACGAGGGUCAACGCCGCACAGAGUAGCUCUUUAUGAGCCCACAGGGGAAGAGCUGGGACGCUACGCAGCACUGAGUUAUGUCUGGGGCGAGUCAAGCCCGUUCGCAACCACGCGAAUCAACAUCGAAGCCAACAAGAAGGGCAUCGACGUCGAGGCACUUCCAAAGACAUUCCAAGAUGCCAUUCUCAUAGCGCGAGAAAUGGGUAUCGGAUACGUAUGGAUCGACUCUCUUUGUAUCUGCCAAGACGACUCAGAAGACUGGUCGCGCGAAACAUCGCGCAUGGCCUCCGUCUACUCGAACGCCUACAUCAUGCUCUCCGCAACCGGUUCUCCAUCCUCCACAUCCGGCCUUUCCAUCUUCUCGGACAACCGCCCCGCACCCAUCUACUCCCCUUUCUCAUACGAAUCCACAGAGGAUAUCAAAGGAACCCUCUACGCCUUCUCCUCUUCCCGCGAAACAGCCGCGAAACCCUCCUGGGCCGGAAACAACGCAAUGCUGAAGAACGAACCACUGAGCCAACGCGGCUGGGCGUUGCAGGAACGCUGGCUCGCACCGCGUGUACUGCAUUUCGGCACCGAGCAGAUUUUCUUCGAGUACGCCUACUCCCGCCGUUCUCUAACCAAACCUUCGGAUAAACUGCCUGCCCUCUCUGGUCUCGCACGCACCUACGCUUCCUUGCUCCCUUCUCCAACCACCUACCUCGCGGGACACUGGUCCACAACCCUACUUCAGGAUCUCAUCUGGCAAGCUGUCGGCACGACAACCGCACCGGCUGUAUACCGCGCACCAAGUUGGUCCUGGGCCGCCAUCGACGGGCCGUUUGGUCUCUUCAGCCCGAAUUCGGGUGUGGGGUGGGACAAGGGGGAGUGGACGGCACUGGCUAAGAUCCACGAUGUGAACGUUACGUUGAAGAGCGAAGAAAACCCUUUCGGGGAAGUGACCGACGGAUGGCUAGACAUCAGCGCGCCGCUGGAACGCUUAUACCCUGCGGCCGAACAGAGAGAAGGCGAAGGCGACGUAUUUCCGAAUCGGCAGAAGGGUGCUGUAGCACAGAUGAAGGAGAAGUUGGAGGGGGACAUGCAGCCUACGUAUACUUGUUUCGACACGCCGACUCAUACGGAGAGAGCGAGGGGCAGGGAGUUGUGGGUCGCGAUACUGUGGAAGCAUGUUCGGCCUGUGGAGAUGGAAAGAGAGGCAAGUUAUCAUGCGAUUAUUGUGGCGAGAGUGGAGGGGAGGGAGGGGAAUGUGUAUGAGAGGUUGGGUAAAGUUCCUUUUUCAGCGAGGGAUUUGGGUGUGUGUGAGUGGAUGGGUGAUGGGGGGUUGGUGGAGAGGUUUACUCUAGUAUGA